AAGUUUUAUGGAAAAUGUUUUAAUAAAAGAAACACAGAAGAAGAAGAACUGUUACUGCGGAGACCCGCCGAUAAUUUCUCCUUCAGUGCUUCUCUGUUUGACUAUCUCGGCAUCUCCAUCUCCAUUGCUUCAAAAACCAGAGUAGACCGAAGAGGAUAGGAGAAGACAUUAACAGAGAAGCAAAGCGAUAGAAGACAAUGGACGAAGAAAACGGGGAGGAGUAUUUGUUCAAGGUGGUCAUUAUCGGGGACUCAGCAGUAGGGAAAUCGAACUUGCUGUCGAGAUAUGCGCGGAACGAGUUCAACAUAAAUACCAAGGCGACAAUCGGGGUGGAAUUUCAGACACAGAGCUUGGAGAUCGAUGGCAGGGAGGUUAAGGCCCAGAUCUGGGACACUGCUGGCCAGGAGCGCUUUCGCGCGGUCACUUCCGCUUACUACCGCGGCGCCGUUGGUGCCCUCGUUGUCUACGACAUUUCCCGUAGCUCGACGUUCGAGAGCGUCCAGCGAUGGCUCCAGGAGCUCAACACUCAUUCUGACACCACCAUUGCGAAGAUGCUUGUGGGAAACAAAUGUGAUUUGGAGGACAUAAGGGCUGUUUCAGUCGAGGAAGGAAAGAGCCUUGCAGAAGCAGAAGGGCUCUUCUUCAUUGAGACUUCAGCCCUGGAUUCUACAAACGUAAAGGCUGCCUUUGAGAUAGUCAUAAAGGAGAUUUAUAACAACAUCAGCAGGAAAUCAUUGAACUCUGAUUCCUACAAAGGGGAGCUGUCCCUUAAUAGGGUAACCCUUGAAAGCAAUGGAACUGAUGGAUCAAAGCAAGGAUCAAGUAAGUUUACUUGUUGUUAAGAUUCUUAAAAUUUUUCUACUUCAAUAGUGUUCCCAAUGAUAUUCUCCAAUGGAACUUCUUGUGCUUGUGUAUUUUAUAAGCGUUGAUUUGUUUUGGGUUUGCAUUGUUUAAAUAAUAAGAUCAAUAUACUAUUGAAUUUCUGUAUCAUAUAGACCAAACUCUAUAUUGCAUUGUGGUUUAAUAAAAUUUUAUAAUAGAAUUGGUAUGUGAUUGCCA